CUGAUGCUAGCAGGAUUUGAACUGAGUGUUUCCACCAGGGCGACACUAGCAGUUCGCCCUUCAAGGUCCAGAUCCAAAAUCCACCCUCUGGUCCUCGGCCAAGGAAAGGGGGCGGGUAGGGACCGCGAACCUUAUCUCCCGGGCUCCGCCUCCAGGGGGCUGAGAGCGAGUUUCGGAGCCUCUGCGCUCUGCACUGGCCGCUGCAGGGAGAACGGACUCCGGGCGGAGGGCUGCCAAUCCGUUUCAGCUCAGGUCUUGCUCGGGUUGGGCUUGCCACUGCCUGAAACAUACCUGUCCCCCUGGUGCAACGCUCAGCUGGCAGCGACGGCAACCCCGAGCCUGGAUACCGCGCCAGGAAUCCUAAAACCAAAAUUUUAGAACGAAAACAGAAACAUGGCUCACUAUAUUGCAUUUCUCUGCACGGUUUUGGUGCUGCUUCUUCAGAAUUCUGUGUUAGCUGAAGAUGGGGAAGUAAGAUCAAGUUGUCGUACUGCUCCGACAGAUUUAGUUUUCAUCUUAGAUGGCUCUUAUAGUGUUGGCCCAGAAAACUUUGAAAUAGUGAAAAAGUGGCUUGUCAAUAUCACAAAAAACUUUGACAUAGGGCCAAAGUUUAUUCAAGUUGGAGUGGUUCAAUAUAGUGACUACCCUGUGCUGGAGAUUCCUCUUGGAAGCUAUGAUUCAGGAGAACAUUUAACAGCAGCAGUGGAAUCCAUACUCUACUUAGGAGGAAACACAAGGACAGGGAAGGCUAUCCAGUUUGCCCUCGAUUACCUUUUUGCCAAGUCCUCACGAUUUCUGACUAAGAUAGCAGUGGUACUUACGGAUGGCAAAUCCCAGGAUGAUGUCAAGGAUGCAGCUGAAGCAGCAAGAGAUAGUAAGAUAACAUUAUUUGCCAUUGGUGUUGGUUCAGAAACAGAAGAUGCUGAACUUAGAGCUAUUGCCAACAAGCCUUCGUCUACUUAUGUGUUUUAUGUGGAAGACUAUAUUGCAAUAUCCAAAAUAAGGGAAGUGAUAAAGCAGAAACUUUGUGAAGAAUCUGUCUGUCCAACACGAAUUCCAGUGGCAGCUCGUGAUGAAAGGGGAUUUGAUAUUCUUUUAGGUUUAGAUGUAAAUAAAAAGGUUAAGAAAAGAAUACAGCUUUCACCAAAAAAGAUAAAAGGAUAUGAAGUAACAUCAAAAGUUGAUUUAUCAGAACUCACAAGCAAUGUUUUCCCAGAAGGUCUUCCUCCAUCAUAUGUAUUUGUGUCUACCCAAAGAUUUAAGGUCAAGAAAAUAUGGGAUUUAUGGAGAAUAUUAACUAUUGAUGGAAGGCCGCAAAUAGCAGUUACCUUAAAUGGUGUGGACAAAAUCUUACUAUUUACAACAACCAGCAUAAUUAAUGGCUCACAAGUGGUUACCUUUGCUAGCCCUCAAGUUAAGACGUUGUUUGAUGAAGGCUGGCACCAAAUUCGUCUCUUAGUAACAGAGCAAGAUGUAACUCUGUAUAUUGAUGACCAGCAAAUUGAAAACAAGCCCUUACAUCCAGCUUUAGGGAUCCUGAUCAAUGGGCAAACUCAAAUUGGAAAAUAUUCUGGAAAAGAAGAAACUGUUCAGUUUGAUGUCCAAAAGUUGCGAAUCUACUGUGAUCCAGAACAGAACAACCGGGAGACAGCAUGUGAGAUUCCUGGAUUUAAUGGAGAGUGCCUUAAUGGUCCCAGUGAUGUAGGUUCAACUCCAGCUCCCUGUAUUUGUCCUCCGGGAAAACCAGGACUUCAAGGCCCCAAAGGUGACCCUGGACUGCCUGGGAACCCUGGCUACCCUGGACAACCUGGUCAAGAUGGUAAGCCUGGAUAUCAGGGAAUUGCAGGGACACCAGGUGUUCCAGGAUCUCCAGGAAUACAAGGAGCUCGAGGACUACCGGGUUAUAAAGGAGAACCAGGGCGAGAUGGUGACAAGGGUGAUCGUGGACUUCCUGGUUUUCCUGGGCUUCAUGGCAUGCCAGGAUCAAAGGGUGAAAUGGGUGCCAAAGGAGACAAAGGAUCACCUGGAUUUUAUGGCAAAAAGGGUGCAAAAGGUGAAAAGGGGAAUGCUGGCUUCCCUGGCCUCCCUGGACCUGCUGGAGAACCAGGAAGACAUGGAAAGGAUGGAUUAAUGGGUAGUCCCGGUUUCAAGGGAGAAGCAGGAUCCCCUGGAGCUCCAGGGCAGGAUGGAACACGGGGAGAGCCUGGAAUCCCAGGGUUUCCUGGAAACCGAGGAUUAAUGGGCCAAAAGGGAGAAAUUGGGCCUCCAGGACAACAAGGAAAAAAAGGAGCCCCAGGGAUGCCUGGUUUAAUGGGAAGCAAUGGCUCACCAGGUCAGCCUGGAACACCAGGAUCUAAGGGAAGCAAAGGUGAACCUGGAAUUCAAGGGAUGCCUGGGGCUUCUGGGCUCAAGGGAGAACCAGGAGCAGUGGGUUCCCCAGGAGAACCAGGAUACAUGGGUUUACCAGGGAUUCAAGGAAAAAAGGGGGACAAAGGAAAUCAAGGUGAAAAAGGUAUUCAGGGUCAAAAGGGAGAUAAUGGAAGACAGGGAAUUCCAGGGCAACAGGGAAUUCAAGGCCAUCAUGGCGCAAAAGGAGAGAGAGGUGAAAAGGGGGAUCCUGGUGUCCGAGGUGCCAUUGGAUCAAAAGGAGAAUCUGGGGUGGAUGGCUUGAUGGGGCCUGCAGGUCCUAAGGGGCAACCUGGGGACCCAGGUCCUCAGGGACCCCCAGGUUUGGAUGGGAAGCCCGGAAGAGAGUUUUCAGAACAAUUUAUUCGACAAGUUUGCACGGAUGUAAUAAGAGCCCAGCUACCAGUCUUACUUCAGAGUGGAAGAAUUAGAAAUUGUGAUCAUUGCCAGUCCCAACAUGGCUCCCCGGGUAUUCCUGGGCCACCUGGUCCUGUAGGACCAGAGGGUCCCCGAGGAUUACCUGGUUUGCCAGGAAGAGAUGGUGUUCCUGGAUUAAUGGGUGUCCCUGGACGUCCAGGUAUCAGAGGAUUAAAAGGCCUACCAGGAAGAAAUGGGGAAAAAGGGAGCCAAGGGUUUGGGCAUCCUGGAGAACAAGGUCCUCCUGGUCCCCCGGGUCCAGAGGGCCCUCCUGGAAUAAGCAAAGAAGGUCCUCCAGGAGACCCAGGUCUCCCUGGCAAAGACGGAGAUCAUGGAAAACCUGGAAUCCAAGGGCAACCAGGCCCCCCAGGCAUCUGUGACCCAUCACUAUGUUUUAGUGUAACUGCUGGAAGAGAUCCAUUCAGGAAAGGACCAAACUAUUAGUGUCUGAUGCCUCAUUCAGCAGCCUAGGCAUGGUGCUUUUUCUGUGGUCUUUUGCAUCUCAGGAAGAUAACCAACAGUAAUCCCUUGAAAAGAAACUUAAGUACCUCGGUGUUUUUAUUUUUUUUUCUUAUGGAAAAAAAUAUAAAAGGUCACAUAUACUGAUUUUAAAGGCUCCUCAGUCAUUUGGAGCCCUUGGAUUAUCAGCAUUAAUUAAAUCUCAAGGGUUUCUUGUAAAGUCCAUUUAUGUUAAUCAAAGUUGAAUAUAAAAAUCCACCAUUGCCUGUUAGCCAGUCAGUUUUAGUCACUGUGAAAUAUUUCACAUUCAGCCUCCAUGCAGUAGAGAUUUGAGUUUAAUUUCAUGUCUAUGUGACUUUCAUGUUUCAUAUCUCAUAGCUCAUGCUACUACAAAUAAGCCAAAACAUGUAUCUGGUCAUUGGAAGUAAGAUCAGGGCUGAUAUUCACCUGGGAUAGACAGUAUUGGUGAACUACUCAUUUACUACAGUGUCUCUGCCUUGAUAAGGGGCAGUGAAUUGCCUGUUGUUCAGUGUUGUGAAUAGCACCUCUGAAUGAGCUUAGUGUGUUUCUUAAUUCAUUUCAAAUUCUAAAAUUAGAUUAAUGGUGGUGCUAAGAAAAAGUAUUAAUUACUUUGGGAACUGUCAAAAUUAACAUUAAAAACAUUUUACACAAAAAGUUUCAUUGUACAUUCAAAGAAAAUGUAAGUUCAGAAGUACUAAAAGGCUGUAUUUUAUACUUGUUGAUUAAUCAGAAUGUUUGUUGUAUGCCUUCAUUUUCCAUUUCACUGCUAUGUGUAUGUCCAUAUAUGUUAAUUUUCACUGUAGCAAAGCUAAUGGAAAUAAAUGCUCUAGUUGAAAGAAAAGGAAAACUCCUAAAGUCCUAGAAUGUCUUGUUAUUUUUAGCUGACUGUAAAAUAUUAUGAACAGUCUUUGUGUAUUGUUCUUAAUGCUUUUGUAAGAAACAGAAUUUGAAAUAUUUCUUCCUUGUCAUGCUCAAAAUUUUGUUACAUGCUUGUUAUUCAGAGUAUAAUAAAAUGUGUACAGGCCUGAUUA